CUUAUUCACAGUUCAAGGAUGGGGACAGCCAGCGCUAUAUUUAAAUUCCGUCCAUUAACACCAUCACUCAAUCAUACGAUUGUUUUCGUCCCGUCCCGAGGCCCCUUCAGUGUUCUUGGAAAGGUCAUUCCGUGCACUCCUUCCUUGUGGGCGGACCUCGCCUGGAGAGCUCAUAGCCACCGAAGCCCUGGAGAUGAAGGCACGGCGUAGCGCACUCCGUGGUAUUGAUGCUGCCCUUCGUUGGCUACUUGCACAGACCUUUGUAAUAAUCUAUUUUCGGCGAAAUGGAGGAGACGCCAGAUCUUAAACAACCGAAUGACUGCACCACGUACCAGGAAGAAAUAGGUGACAGGAAACCGCUUCUUCCAUCCCAGGACGAAGAAAGGGGAAACAGUAGUUUAUCUUCGGCCAGCUUUAACGUGAUUAAUUCAAUCAUUGGAUCUGGAAUUAUAGGUUUACCUUACUCUAUGAGACAAGCUGGAUUCCUUUUGGGGAUGAUGCUCCUUCUAGCGGUUGCUCUUAUAAACGAUUACUCCAUUAUUCUGCUAAUCAAAGCUGGAAAUUUGUCUGGAACCAACACCUAUCAAGCACUUGUUCGUAAAACAUUUGGUCUAAUUGGCUACAUUAUCCUCUCCGUUCUGCAGUUUUUAUAUCCUUUUCUGGCCAUGGUCAGCUACAAUAUCAUUACAGGUGAUACUUUAACAAAGGUUUUGCAACGACUAGCUGGAGUUGGUCCGGGGAGUAUUCUUGCAAAUCGGCAUUUUGUCAUUGUGAUAACCACGCUCCUUUUUACACUUCCUUUGUCCCUUUAUCGGGAUAUAUCAAAACUUGGCAAGGUUUCUUUUCUUUCUCUCCUGCUUACCUUGGUGAUUCUUGUGAUUGUGGUGGUGAGAGCUGUGACAUUCGGGCCACAAAUACCUCCAACAGUAGACGCAUGGGACUUUGCUAAACCCAGUGCUAUCCAGGCAGUUGGUGUUAUGUCAUUUGCUUUUAUAUGUCACCACAAUAGCUUUUUGAUCUAUGGCUCACUGAGAGAUCCCACAAUGCAAAACUGGUCCAAUAUUACCCACUUGUCGGUAUCCUUUGCACUUAUGGUCAGUUUAGUUUUUGCUGGCUGUGGAUAUUCUACUUUCACCGGAUAUACACAAGGAGACAUAUUUGAAAAUUAUUGUAAAAAUGAUGACCUGGCAACAUUUGGAAGGCUGUGUUAUGCAGUGAGCAUUGUCCUGACUUUUCCUAUUGAAUGCUUUGUGACAAGGGAGGUCAUAUCAAAUGUCUUCCUCAAAGGGAAACUUUCAAUGGUUUUCCAUAUCUUUUUGACUCUGCUUAUUGUCGCAGUGUCUACCAGCUUAUCACUGAUAUACGACUGCCUGGGCAUCGUCUUGGAACUGAAUGGUGUUCUGAGUGCAACUCCUUUGGUGUUCAUCAUUCCGGCUGCUUGUUACCUGAAGCUCACCGACAAUCACUGGUCCCACCGAGACAGCCUCAUUUCUGUUUUUCUGUUUGUCACCGGCGUCUUUGUCCUAACAGUUGGUUUUGCCAUGACUGUCUUGCAUCCCCAACAGUGUUCACAUGGAAAGGAGAUGUUUUACUGCCUGCCUUCAAAUUCGUCCAUUACGAAUGUCACGUUUCCCACCAAUGUAUCACAAGCCCAAACUGUUCCCACCAGCAGUAGUUUGUCUUAAGUAAAAAGAAUUGACUGUGGUAUGUGCUGUCAGAAAACUAUUCAUUUUACAAAGGUGUUUUACCCCGUAAAUGUAGUUACUGUUUUUUUUUUUUUUUUUAGUAUUCAAAAUAAGUAUGCAGAAUUUGUACCAUUUCUAUUAAAACUGACUUUUGUUAGGUUGCUUUGGAAUAGGGGUUUUGGCUUCAUGUUGAAAUUAGAACAAACAUACAGAAGAGCGAGUCCAUUUUUAUUUUUUAAAUGAACCAGCAUCUUCCUGUAAUCGGUGCUGUGAUGUGCAUUACAGCAAAAAAGGAGGGUCCAUAUUGAAGGAACUGUGGCAGCGGACAGGCAAAUGUGAACAAAGAGGGCAGGAAAGGCUGAAUGUGAAGAAGAGUUUGAUAAACGCACCUCUGUGAUCUCAACCACUCUGAAGGCCUCCUCUGUAAUAAAAAUGCCAUUCAUUUACUUGUGUUCCAUAGCAGACGAGAAGCUUCUCAUUUUUGAAAAUUAUUUUCUGGUUAGAAAUUGCUGGAAGAUCUUUAGUUAAACCCCACCAAGCACUUUGGUUGUUCGGACCAACUCUGCUGUUCGUAAAACGCACUUUAAUUCAGCUCCAAACUUUGUAAAGCACUGGUCAAUAACGCUAAAUGACAAUCUGGACUCAUUGUGCCCCCCAUGCGCUUAUUCCAGAUGUGCAGAUAUCCUGACUGAGUGUGUGCGAGAGUGUGAACGUUUAUUAGAAGGUUUUAGUGGUCCUUGGUCUUUCAUCGUUUUAUAAUGAGACUUGUCUAAGUCUUGCUUAUUUCUCUUUGUUUUAUCCACCGUAAUAAGACAAUGUUUAAAAUGAAGCGGCUUUAUAAUUAGAUUUGCUAUAUAAUGUGUGUAGCUUU